AUGUCACGCGUAGGGCCUGGUGGGGUCUGGCGUCUGACCUUGCCGAAACCCUUUUUUAGACUGGGCGUGUACGAGCCGGAAUUCAUCCCUCGCGGCGGGAAACAUCACGGAAAAGGCAAAAAGGCGCGCUCCGGCCCGCCCCAGCCCUACUUACCCGCCGCCCCGUCGCUGCCCGCCUCACCGGUCAUCACUCCUUCUCCGGCCAUCACUUCUUCCCCGGCCGUCACCCCAACUCCUUCCGUCUCUGGCGAUAUCGACGUAACUAUGACGGACGCGGAUAAGUCGGCUGGUCCCCCGGCCGGUCCUUCUCAAGGCCCCGCUGGGACCCGUGGCUCUAGUGGCACCGCACCUUACAAGCCUCUGGGUGGGCUCCGCUUCCAUAAGAGGAAGGGGCCCAGGGUUGAUGAACACGGUCUAAUCUCUCAUUCUUCGUCCGACGAAGAUGAGGAAGACAAUGACAACGAGAAGUCCGAGGCCACGGCCAAAGACCUUCCCAAGGACGCGGAGCAGAAGUAG